AUGCAGCGUAACGUGUUCACCGACGAGGAAGUGCAACUAGCCUCAGAACGUCGUUUGAAAUACCUAGGAACAGCGAAGGUGCGACUAAAUGAGAUUAUGUUUAAUCCUCCUCUUCCAGAAGACUUGGAUCCCAAGAACCUAGAACGCCUUCGUGAGAUAUUUCGAAAGCACCGCUGUCGUCGACUGGACAUUGAAAACCAUGUGCCUGCUAUAGUAUCUCGCGAAGGCUUUGAAGAAGCCCUUCAUAAAGCACAUAUCUCAGCAGAGGACCUCUCCGCUAGUUCAGCCAAUACGUUGCCUUUACUUCGAUUCCCAGCCGGGGAGUUAAAGGGUCUUCAUGGCCGGCAUCGUGCGCAGGUAGGAUCAGAAAUGUUGGCCCCCGUGGACCGCUGGUGGAUUGUGGAUCUUUAUCUGAACGAUAUUUGUGGUAAUCUCCUGUCAUCCUUGAUUGAGGAAUAUGCCAAUCAAAAAGCUCCAAGUGACGGAGAGAUUUACCGAAAGAUUCGUCAAUACGAAGGUGAACAAAACAAUCCAUUCAGACAAAGAUGGUUCGUACGCCUAUCAAAAAAUAAUCAAGAGCGUCUGGACCAGCUCGACAACCGGAGAAAUCGUCUCCUUCGGGCUGGAUUUGAUAAAUUGCUUCAAAUUCCCGGACUUUGGCUUCAUGGUUUGAGAAUUAGCAUGCUACACCGCGUGAUUGGCUGUGCAUGUACAGAUGAAGUUCUGCAUUAUCUCGUGGAGCACAUCUUCGGGUCCUGGUUCCUUUUUGUCGGUGGUGACCUGAUGUCGCUCAAGAAAAUUGGACCUGACACUGUUAAAUGUCUGCAGUUACUAGCUCCGGGUAGCUCAAAAAGUGAUGCGAAGAAAGCACGUGGGGCUAUUCUCAGUGGCGAGGCUUUUGCUGAAUUUAGUGAUCAAGAACGCGCCGCAAUCCUGAGCAGGGUUGAAGCGUUCAAACCUUUGAUACCCUCAUUAUACACCUUUUUUGAGGAUUUCAAAUACCUCGAGAGCUGUAGCCAAUGCGUCAAAAGACUCUUUGAGCCCUCUGACAAGACUAUGUGGGAGUCAAUGAGUCAUAUGUUUUCAAUUGCCGAAGAUUCAAAUAAUGGCAUUCUGAUACAGACGUCCGAAUUUUCAUAUCGUCGCCAGAAUGCAGAAGACUACGAUUGCCUCAAUAUGGCGUAUCGACAAAUAUGGCUUUAUGCUAUGCGACAUUACCCUUGCAUGCCAGCGGACUCCAAGAAUGAUGAUGAACUCCUGGCCAAACCAAACCGCGCCAAGGCUGACGUAUGUGCAAUCUAUGAGAUGGCCGAUCUGGCUAAACGACUGGGUUUUAGCUCAAAUAAGAUAGAUGAGCUAACAAAAGAGUUACCGGACUAUCAAAUUGCUCGCGCGGCACUUUUACAAGCCCGGAAACCGAACCGGUUUUACUAUGCGGAAUCUACGCUCAACGAUCUCAUUAAAAAAGUUGCAAACUGCUUUUCAGCUGCAGUCCUGAUCGAAGAAACGGACAAUGCUUACGGCAGUGAACCGCUUCUUGCAGUAUAUUCCCUGAACCUCAAAGCUCGUUGUGGCAUGCCACAGAUGAAAGCCCAUAAACAGGACAGCAAAAGACUAUUUCUGGAUGCUUUGCACGAUCCAACAUCUGAAGAGGAGUCCCCAGUCAACAUCGCUGAAGGUUCCGUUGAAGAGACUUCCGAUGCGGAGCAGCAACCAACACCAAAUGCUGGUUCGCUCGGAUUGCCAAUCAUUGUCUUCCCGGAAAAACUAGAUUAUGAACGUAAUGCUACAUCUGACCCGGGAAAAUCUGCGGAAGGUGAGUCAGAAUGCUUGCGCGCAGAUUUAAUUCGCACCGCCCAAAAAGCCCAAGAACAGAUUAAUCUCCGCUCUUUGCCAUCACCCACACCGAGAGCGCAUGAUUCUGCAUCGCUGCCUGGCAGAACACAAUUUUCCAUGCCACAAUACCUAGAGGGGAUUGAAAAAGCAGACAGGGAACAAGAGAUUUUAGACGAGAACAUCGCUCGGGAAAGGCUUCAGCAAGAGUUCAAUUUGCCAGACACGCACCUUUCAGAUGCUCAUGCGUCGUCGCCAUCCGGCGAACAGAGUGACUCCAAUGUCUUGAACAUAAAUUCCGAUACGCUAACUGUCGACAAAAGCACGUGGCGAGACUACCCAAUCACCUCAUUAGACUCGGCGAGAUUGCCUGAGAUUCUGGCACAAAGUUCCAGCCAAGAAGAUCAAAAAGAACAAUAUAACUCAUGGAAAGCGUCCACAAAUGCGGUGAUAAGUGAUCCUGUUGGAACAUCCGCCCUAAGCGAAGUCAGUUUGGACUUUUACUCCUACGAGCGCGGACGACUGAAAGUCGUGGACCAUGUCAAGGUCCAUCCAUCAGAUACUUCCCGAGUGGAGUAUAUUGCACAAAGGUACUUGAUGAGAGACUUCGGGCUAUACGAUAAUAAUCUGCAGGGACUUAGUGCAGACCAGUGUUACCAAGCUGCAACCGUGGACGGGCACAAUGCGAUCUUGGUUCUUUCCACGGAAGAGGCCAGAGCACUAGACACUGCGGCAGGGAAAGAAGCUUUGACAAAUGUACUUAAUGGAAGUAUCUUUGAAAUUUAA